CUGUUCGCUUCACUUUUCUACUUCCGAAGCAGUAGCGCGCUGUAGAACUCUGCGCUGGUUCCGCGGUGGGAAUGCGCCUCUCUCUCUCCCGGUAGCUGACGCGGCGGUGGAGAUUAAAAGGGCAGAGCCGGUGUUCCGGUGUCGGAGUCGGUAAUGUGGUCGGAACCGCUGUCCCCGGCGCAGCUGAAGCGCCUGGAGGAGCACAAGUACAGCGCGGAGGGGCGCUCCUUACUGGAGCCUCCGUGCCAGCUUUACUGGAACUGGUUAGUGCUGCAGAUCCCGACGUGGCUCGCGCCGAACACGCUGACCAUCACAGGACUCGCCAUCAACAUCAUCACCACCAUCAUCCUGCUGCUGUACUGCCCCACGGCCACGCAGGAGGCUCCAUCAUGGGCUUUUUUUUUCAGCGCUUUAGGUCUCUUUAUCUACCAGUCACUCGACGCUAUUGAUGGGAAACAAGCGCGGCGGACCAACAGCAGCUCAGCUCUGGGAGAACUCUUUGAUCAUGGCUGUGAUGCAGUCUCGACAGUUUUUGUCUCCGUGGGAACCUGUAUAUGUGUUGGCCUUGGCAGUUACCCGAACUGGAUGUUUUUCUGUGGCUUUGUGGGCAUGUUCAUGUUCUUCUGCGCUCACUGGCAGACCUAUGUGUCCGGGACGCUCCGCUUUGGCAUCAUUGAUGUGACUGAGGUUCAGGUCGCCAUUACAAUCAUGUACCUGAUGUCCGCCUUCGGAGGAGUAAGCCUUUGGGAGACUACGUUGCCAGUGCUUGGUAUUAAAUUGCAAACGUUCCCGAUCCUGGGCAUCAUCGGGGGAUUUCUGUUGUCAACCUACAACUACUUUUUGGUCAUCCUGAGUGGCGGCGUGGGCAAAAACGGCUCCACUGUGGCGGACACCAGUGUGUUGUCUCCUGGCCUGCACAUAGGCCUCAUCCUUACCCUGGCCUUCAUCAUCUUUAAGAAAUCCCCCACCCAGCUGUUUGAGCAUCAUCCCUGUCUCUACAUCCUCACCUUCGGCUUGGUCAUCGCCAAGCUCUCCAACAAACUGGUGGUUGCUCACAUGACCAGGAGUGAGCUUCAGCUCAGUGACCCGGCCUUCAUCGGCCCCAGCCUCCUCUUCCUCAAUCAGUACUUCGGCAGCUUUAUUAAUGAAUUUGUUGUCCUCUGGAUUGCUUUGAUCCUGUCUGUGGUGGACCUGACAUGUUACUGCACAGGUGUAUGUCUGCAGAUUGCCUCCCACCUGCGCAUCCGAGUGUUCAGUAUCACCCCACAAAGCCACGCCCAUAAAGACUGACAAUUUGCCCGGCGGGAGGAGGAGGCGGGGCCAAGCGAAGAUGCUGCCCCACUUCUCAAAGAAGAGCAGGAGAACCAAACCCACAGCAGCCUGGACAGUGUGGAGACCAUUCAUUAACCAAAAGACCUGAACUGAAGCACUUACACUCAGCCAGUUUUAAGUUUGCUGAACCACUGGAUAAGAAUUGUACAUGCAGAUACAGAAAACGCACCCGGGUGCUAUCUACCACCUGUCUGGGAAUUGUUCAAACUGUGAUACUUUGCUCUAUUUAAGUCUUGCCAAAUUCAUUCUGUUUAUUCAGCUCGUAGAUUUAAGAACCAAUCCAACUUUAAAAAAAAAAAAAAUUGUAAUGAAGUGCCAGUGUAAACUCACUAUUGUACACCAUUUGCAGUGUUGACCAUUCUGUAAGCGUGCUCUCGUAUGCUCCACAAUGGAUAAUUUCUUACAUAUUUUAUAUCCAAACAGAAAUAAUGCCAACGUUCCAACAUUUCCAUUAAUUUCCCAAACAGUUUUGUUUAAUUCGUAUCCCUAUACUGUAAAACAAAUUCUAAAAAAAUUGUCAUGUGAUCGUUCAGUGAUUUACAGCAUUUGUAUUUAUUAUUAAUUUGACUGGAUUGGGUGUGAAAUUAAGUCAGGUCUUGGAUGGAAGACACACAAUUGUCAGGGACUAUGGGUAAACCGGGACCAGGAUCGUGUUUGUGCUAAAAACAGGACGCUCCCCAACCUGCAGCUCCAACGUCUACCAGUGUGAACUGAUGGACUGUCCUGUUUUAUGAUGCACUCACAACACUGCCUGCUUUAAAUAUCUCCUCCCAAAGGGCUAAUCGUGCAAAUAAAUUUUAAGUGAUUUUGUGUAAUAAA